CAACCCUCUCAGAUGCUAACAGCAUCUCUCUCUUUAUUCCAGCAGAGAAUGACCAGAGGAAUGAGGAGAGUGAGGAACUUGAUCAGCAAAUGCCAGAUAGAGUGAAAAAUGAAGACUUUAAAGAAAACAUCAGGAAUCGAGGCAGGCCUAAGGAGAAAAUAGGCAGCUGUAUGAGUGAGAUGAGAGAUGGAACACAACGUAAUGUAAAUUUUCCAAAGCACAGGAUAAUGAAGGCAAGUAAAUCCAUUCAAUGUAGAAAGAACUUCAGAAAGAGAUCACAGCAUCUUGUGCACGAAAGAAUACACCGAGGUGAAAAACCUUUUGAAUGCUCAGUGUGUGGAAGAAGAUUCAGUAAGAAAGGCAAUCUUCAGACGCACCAAAGAAUCCACACAGGGGAGAAGCCUUUUCAGUGCUCAGGGUGUGGAAAGAGAUUCAGUCAGAGUGGCAAUCUUCAGAUGCACCUAAAAACCCACACAGGGGAGAGACCUUUUCAAUGCUCAGGGUGCGGAAAGAGAUUCAUUGACAGGAGCAGUCUUAAACAGCAUCAGAUAACUCACACAGGGAAGAAACCUUUUGAAUGCUCAGUGUGCAGAAAGAGAUACAGUUUUCGUCAAAGUCUUCAGUCGCACCAAAGAACCCACACAAGGGAGAAACCAUUUGAAUGCUCAGAGUGUGGAAAGAGAUUCAGUCAGAGUAGCAAUCUUCAGACGCACCAAAGAACCCACACAGGGGAGAAGCCUUUUCAAUGCUCAGUGUGUGGAAAGAGAUUCAGUGUGCGUGGCAGUCUUCAGGGGCACCAAAGAACUCAUACAGGGGAGAAACCCUUUGAAUGUUCAGUGUGUGGAAAGAGAUUUGGUGUCAGGGGGAAUCUUCAAGCACAUCAAAGAACCCAUACAGGAGAGAAAUCUUUUGAAUGCUCAUUGUGUAGAAGGAGAUUCAGCCAUAGAAAGAGUCUUCGGUCACAUCAAAGAAACCACACAGGGGAGAAACCUUUUGAAUGCUUAGUGUGUGGAAAGAGAUUUAGUCAGAGUGGCAAUCUUCAACGGCAUCAAAGAACUCACACAGGGGAGAAACCUUUUGAAUGUUCAGUGUGUGGAAAGAGAUUUCGUCAGAGUGGCCAUCUUCAAGAGCAUCUGAAAACCCACACUGGGGAGAAACCUUUUGAAUGCUCAGAGUGCGGAAAGAGAUUCAGUCAGAGGGGAGAUCUUCGAUAUCAUCAGAGAACCCACACAGGGGAGAAGCCUUUUGACUGCUCAGAGUGCGGAAAGGGAUUCAGUAGAAGUAAAAGUCUUCAACUGCAUCUAAGAACCCACACGGGGGAGAAACGGUUUGAAUGCUCUGACUGUAGAAAGAGAUUCCGUACAAGGGGGAUUCUUCAAGUGCAUCAAAGAACCCACACAGGAGAGAAACCUUUUGAAUGCUUCUUGUGUGGAAGGAGAUUCAGCCAUUGCCAUAGUCUUCAGGCACAUCAAAAAGUCCACACAGGGGAGAAACCUUUUGAAUGCUUUGAGUGUGGAAAGAGAUUCAGUCAGAGUGGCCAUCUUCAGCAGCACCUAAGAACCCACACAGGGGAAAAACCUUUUGAAUGUUUUGAAUGUAGAAAGAAAUUCAGUUGGAGUGGCCAUCUUCAAGAGCAUCUGAAAACCCACACAGGAGAGAAACCAUUUGAAUGCUCAGAGUGUGGAAAGAGAUUCAGUCGGAAUGGUGAUCUUCAACGGCACCAAAGGAUCCACACAGGGGAGAAACCUUUUGAAUGCUCAGAGUGUGGAAAGAGAUUCAAUAACACUGGAGGUCUUCAGUCUCAUCAGAGAACCCACACAGGGGAGAAACCUUUUGAAUGCUCAGAGUGUGGAAAGAGAUUCAGUCAGCGUGGUGUUCUUCAACGUCAUCGAAGUACCCACACAUAG